AUUUUAUUCCGAGCCUACGGAUAGCCACCCAUUAAUUGACAAGGGCGUCCCUCGGUCCUGCGCCCAAUGUCGAGGGAAAUUAAAGUAUGUACAAGAAUGGAGAUGCUUGUACAUGUGCCUCGUUGGCCUGUGAAAUGGGAAACACGAGGUGACGGAGGUUAGAUAUGUGGUAUAAACGUCUAUUUUAGCCUGAUCUUGUUUUUUUUUCAAGUGACGAGUAUGCAAUUGGAUGUGCGGCUUGAUACCGGAAAAGUCCCUCAAGGUGAUAUUUUGACAUUGGAUAGUGUUGACCUAAUCGUGAUCAGGGAGCUCAAAACAGGUAUGCACUGUGGGCAUCAAGAUCAGGGCGCUUCUAUGGUGGACAUGAUGACUCGGAUAUGGCUAUGAGGAGUAGCCUAACCGUCCUUCUGAACCUCUAUGAUAUUACCUGUUGCCGUGGCUAUUUCAUUUAUGCGCGCUCAUACAUAUACUAUGGGGUUAUCGUAUCAGUGGCUUCGUACCUUGCAUCUUUGGCGGACAUAAUAUAUGGGUGCACCGGUGAGGGCUGGAUGUCUAGACGGGGAUUCUGCAAGUUAAGUGAAACUCAAGUUUUGCCAUAUAUAUCGUUAAUAGCAGCACUCGCCACAAUUGACCAAUAAAUUCCUACUCGGCGGGAAGCGUUUGUAGUCAUACGAAGUACUUACCAGUGCGAUAGUGGCGUUGCCGCGGAGGAAUCAACUGUGGUCUCUGCACGGAGAUGCCGCGCCCAUCGGUUCGGAAGCGGCCGCAAGGGUACCUUCGAUAUUACGAGCGGUCGUUGCGCUAGGAUGGUAGAUAACUAAUAACGAGGUCAGGCAAGUCAGUAAAAUAUACAUUUUGUAUCGACUCACUGCUGGCGCUUGAGCGUAGGGGUCCCAAGGACAGGAGCGAUGCACCAUAGGGCCUAUCGGCCCUUUCCACAGCUUAGUCAGUACGUAGACUAGGUUUCACCAUGUUCGUAGCAUCAUCAUCUCAGCUUGUCUGCCUUGCUCUGGGCUUAGGCCGCUGGCCC